AUGACGUCGGUGAGAAAGAGAAAGAUGAACCGCUCGUCGGUGAAGAAGGCCACCCGCCGCACCAAGGACAAGCGCCGAGAUAUCCCCAUCAAGCUGAACCCGCUCAUCGCCGAGCGGUGGGACAAGCUGUUGACGUUAUCGCAGAACUAUAAGCGGUUAGGGCUCCGAGCUCGGUUGGGAGUCAAGAAGGGUGGUGAAGAAAAGGAGUUGGAGACCUGGUACGAGCAAAAGGAGCGGUUAGCCGCGGAAGAAGCGGCCAAGAUCACUCCUGCCGAUAUCGAACACACCGACGACCCCGCUAAGAUCCCUAUUGGCGAAGCCCGAAUCAUCCGUGAUGACGAAGGCAAGGUUAUUAAAGUCGUCCACGGGACGAUGCAACCGAAGACUGACUCGAGCAACGGCGAGCUGGAGGUGAUUCAGGAAUUCAAGAAGAUGGCCCAGGAGCACGCCGCGAGAAAGCGGGUGAAGCACAUGACUCCGAGAGAGAUCGAAUUCAUUAAGGAUCUUGUUGACAAGCACGGCGACAACUAUGAGGCGAUGAAGUGGGAUAAGAAGCUCAACCCGAUGCAACAGCUGGCGGGUGAGUUGCGCAAGAAGGUGAACCACUGGCGCCAGUGGGAAGAAUACCAGAAGCAGGCCUUGGCUGACCAGCGGGCUGAAGAAGAAGCUGAGGAGGCUGAGAUCGAAGCUGAGGUUGAGGAAGAGGAUGAGUAG